CUCUCUCCCUCUUCGUUCUUCUUUAUCUCUCUACCUGACUGAAAUUCUCCUUCUUUAACGUUUUCUCGUUGUAGAUCUCUCUCUAUUUCGCGUAAAUUUCCGGCGAGAAUUGAAUCCAGAGGGUCCAGGGUCAUUGGCCGUCCGAUGUGUGGACUUUGACUGAGCGCUGAUCAGAUACAGAGCCGGAGCUAGCUCUUCCUAUGGGGCAGUGCUACGGCAAGACCAAUCCCACCGCUGAAAAUGACGGUGCCGCAAACACAACCACCAUUAUUGGCGAUUUCGGUGGCCCUCCGCAGUCGCCUCUGCCGUGGAGCGGUGGCAACGGGCUUCCAUCGGUGAAGAACACGCCUGCCCGAUCGUCCAACGCGAGCCCGUGGCCGAGCCCGUACCCGCAAGGCGUCAACGCAAGUCCGUUUCCGGGUGGGGUGUCGCCGUCGCCGGCGAGGACAUCGACGCCCAGGAGGUUUUUUCGACGACCGUUCCCUCCUCCGUCGCCGGCGAAGCAUAUCAGAGCGUCGCUGGCGAAGCGGCUUGGGCACGGGAAACCCAAGGAGGGCCCGAUCCCCGAGGACCGUGGGACAGAACCGGAGCAGGCGCUGGACAAGAGCUUUGGGUAUAGUAAUUUUGGAGCUAAGUAUGAGUUAGGAAAGGAAGUGGGAAGGGGCCAUUUUGGUCACACGUGCUCUGCAAGGGGCAAGAAGGGAGAGCUCAAAGACCAUCCUGUAGCAGUGAAAAUCAUCUCGAAGGCGAAGAUGACAACAGCAAUAGCAAUUGAAGAUGUUCGAAGAGAGGUGAAGAUGUUGAAAGCUCUAUCCGGCCAUAAGCAUCUUGUCAAAUAUCAUGAUGCUUGUGAGGAUGCCAACAAUGUGUACAUAGUUAUGGAAUUGUGUGAAGGGGGGGAGCUUCUUGACAGAAUUUUGUCAAGGGGAGGCAAGUAUACUGAGGAAGAUGCAAAAGUUAUAGUUUUGCAGAUUUUAAGUGUUGUUGCUUUUUGUCAUCUCCAAGGUGUGGUGCACCGUGAUCUAAAGCCUGAGAAUUUUCUGUUCACUUCACGAAGUGAAGAUGCUGAUAUGAAGCUUAUUGAUUUUGGUCUCUCUGACUUCAUUAGACCAGAUGAAAGAUUGAAUGACAUCGUUGGAAGUGCCUACUAUGUUGCACCUGAGGUCCUUCACAGAUCAUAUAGUCUGGAAGCAGAUAUAUGGAGUAUAGGUGUUAUCACCUAUAUCUUGUUAUGUGGAAGUCGACCUUUCUGGGCUCGAACAGAAUCUGGAAUUUUUCGUGCAGUGCUCAGAGCUGAUCCUAAUUUUGAUGACUUGCCUUGGCCUACUGUAUCUGCAGAGGCCAAGGACUUUGUAAAAAGGCUUCUGAACAAGGAUUACAGGAAAAGAAUGACUGCUGUCCAAGCUCUAACUCACCCUUGGCUGAGGGAUGACAACCGUCCUAUACCUUUAGAUAUAUUAGUUUACAAAUUGGUGAAGUGUUAUCUUCUUGCAACACCAUUCAAACGAGCAGCACUAAAGGCCCUUUCAAAAGCCUUGUCAGAAGAUCAAUUGGUAUAUCUGAGAGCACAAUUCAGAUUGUUAGAACCAAAUAAAGACGGCUAUGUCUCCCUUGACAACUUCAAAAAUGUGAUUUUGCAGGCUCUUGUACGUAAUUCAACCAAUGCCAUGAGGGAGUCAAGGGUUCUAGAUAUUAUACAUACGAUGGAGCCGCUUGCCUAUCGGAAGAUGGACUUCGGAGAAUUCUGUGCAGCCGCAAUCAGCACAUACCAAUUAGAGGCACUUGACACGUGGGAGCACAUUGCCUCCACUGCUUUUGAGCAUUUUGAGAGAGAGGGCAACCGUGUGAUAUCGGUCGAAGAAUUAGCAAGAGAGUUUAAGCUUGGUCCUUCGGCUUAUUCAAUUGUCAGGGAUUGGAUACGAUAUACUGAUGGAAAGCUUAGUUUACUUGGAUACACAAAAUUUUUGCAUGGUGUGACAUUGCGCAGUUCAAACACGAGACAUAAUUAGACUUUAAAGCUAUUUGACACAUAAGAUGAGAGGAGAUCAAAUAUUUAGAAGCUUCUAGGGAUUUUUUCCCCCGUUUAUCUCCAUUUUUUCUUGCAAGGUGGGAGAAGAAUGUGUAUAAAUGAAUUGUUAAAAUGCCAAUAUGGAGAAAUGUUGAGUAACGUUAUUUUCAAAAAUCAAAA